AUGGAACGAGUAACAGCAGAUAAAGCUAUAAAGAUUUCACGUAAUAUUGCCAAUGUUAUUGCACAUAUGCAUGCUUACGAUCUUGUUCAUCGCGACAUCAAAGUUGAAAAUAUUCUUAUGGAUGAAGAUGAAGUCUAUUUAGCUGAUUUUGGUACAUGUCAAGUUGGAAUAGAGAACACAACGUUAGUUGGUUUCCUUCCACUACCACCAGAACUCAUUCAAACAUUAGAUUCUAGCUCAAAUGAUAGUGCUCGUCAAUACUCAUAUCAAGGUACAGCAGUAGACGUUCACUUACUUGGCCGUCUCAUGUAUGCUUGUGCACCAAAAGAUGUUUAUACUCCGCCGUCGAAUAAUAUCAAUGAACAGUUACAUCUACUUGAUAGAAAAAAAGUUCCUGAAAAAUACUGCCAAUUAAUUGCUCGAUGUGUUAAUAAAGAUCCUAAUCAACGGCCAACAGCCAAAGAAAUCGUAGAUGAACUCGAUUCAAUUGAAAAAUCAUCAUGUGUUAUAUGUGAAGAAGCACCACGCUUUGCACGCUUUGAACCAUGUGGUCAUAAGGCACUAUGUGUUCAAUGUCUUAAUCAAAUUCAACAAACUCCUCAGCCAAAAUGCGUUAUAUGCAGACAAAUAUUCACUAAUGUACAAGAAGAUAACAAUGCGAACACUUUUUUCGCUAGUUCAUUGAAUUCUACUUGA